AUGAAAAAAAGUAGUAAUAAAUUUGUUUCACCAGUCAAAUCAACAACAAAUAAUAAUACUACACCCAAUAAAUUUGUUUCACCAACUAAAACAACUACAGUAACAACAUCUAGUAAAGGUACCAAACCAGAAAUACCGACACCAACUAAAACAUUUAAAAAAUCAUCUACUAGUUUUCAAUCUCCAACAAAAACAACAUCUACAGAUACGACAACAACAACAACAGCAACUACUACAACAACAAUACCAAUUAAAACACCAACUAGAAAAUUAGGUAGUUCAUUUCAAACACCAACAAAACUAACAUUUCAAACUCCAAAUGAUAAGGAUGAAUCAUCAUCAUCAUCAUCUUCAAUUUUAACCAAAUCAUCACCAAUUGGUGAAAUAUUUAAAACUAUACCACAAUAUAUACUACAAUAUUUAGAUAAAUAUAUUGAAAACGAUAAAGAAAAACAAGAUUUAAAAUCAAUUAUACAAUAUUCAUAUGAAAAUUGGAACAAUAAUCCAUUUAAUCAUAAUGAUUUAAAGUUAUCUUUAAAUGAAGAUAACAAUAAUAAUAGUAAAGAUUAUAUUAAAAAAUUAAUUUUAAAAUUAGUUGAAAAUAAUAUAUUAAAAGAAAUUAUUUUAAAUAGUAAUAGUGAUAAAGUUGUUAAAGUUUAUUCAUCAAUACCAUGGCAUAAAGUAACAAGUUAUCAUUACUUGGAAAUGGAAAUUAAAAGAUUUGAAAAAGAACAACAACAACAACAACAAACAAACAAUAAUAAUAUCAAUAAUAAAUAUAAUAAAAUUGCACCAAAGAAUUCAACAGUAUCAAUGGUAGCAACUUUAUCACCAUCAAAAUCAAAGAGUAGUGGUAAUCAUUUAUCAAAUUCGCCAAUAUCAUCAUCAUCAACACCAAAUAAAAAAAGAAAACCACCAAUUGCUUUCAAUUUAAAUGAAAUUGAUAAUAGUAAUUUUGAUGGAAGUAAAAAAUUUAAAAAAGUUAUUAGUGAUGAUAAGGAUUCAAAUGUUAGUAGUGGUGGUAAAAAUACAAUAUUAUCAUCAAAAUAUGAAUUACAAAUUGAAAGAGAAUUACAAAAUUUUGUAGAUGAAAAGAAAAGAAUAUUAAAAUCAAUAGCAGAAAAAAAAGAAUUGUUAACAAAGUUUCAAUCAAAAUCAAAUAGUCCAGUAUCUGAACAGAAAAAGACAAUUCCAACAUCUACAGAAGAGAAGAGAAUUGAUGAUUUAAUAUUAAAAUGGAAAAAGGGUUGUCAAGAUGCUACAACUUUAUUACAAGAGAAAUUGGUUGAGACAUUAGCUCAAUCAGCAUCUUGUAAUAGUGGUAGUGUUAGUGGUGGAGGUGUUAGUGGUUACAAUAGCUAUGGUGAUAGUAAUUAUCAUGGUGGUGGUGGUGGUAAUAAUGAUGAUGAUGAUGAUGAAAAUAAAGAUUAUAGUGAAUUCUCUGAAUAUGAAAUUCAAGAGUAUAAAGAACAAAUGAAGUUAGCAAGAGAACCAAUGUCUGCUACCAAACUUUACAUUUUAAAACAAUUUGGUGUUGAUCCUAAAUUUGUAAAUUUAGAUGAAGAAAAUGAUUGUUUUUUAAAAGAAGGUGAUUUACUUUUAAAUAAAUCAUCAAAAAAUUCUAAAACAAUAAAAAAAAAGUAA